AUGCCAAUUCUGUUGCCUUCCCAUUCCGAUAGCAAACUACUGGCUGUAUCAGAUGUUAGCGAGAAACAGAACGACAAAUAUCUCCGAAGAGCUUAUUCAAAUGCUUUAAAACUUCAAAACAACCAAAUACCGGAUGAGAACACGGAACUCGGAGAAGAUCUUGACGGCGGUGGACUCGUUUUUUCGGAAGAUGAAAACUCUGAUCGUCGAAGUCUAACCUCUGCGAAGUCGGAUUUGGAGAAAACUGAAAUUCCGAGCAGAAGCGAAGGACAUGUUCACGACCCCGAUUCGAAGCCCAGGUUGUCCACAAAAGCCAAGCGGGAUUUUCUCCCAUCCAUUUACGAUGAAGAAUCCGAAGCAUUGGAUUACCAGUUGACAGAGGCAGAUUCUUCAGACUAUCCACAUCAUUACGGAGAGGAGUACAGCUUUUACGAUUACGAGGACUCCGAAAUUUCUGAUGGAUUCGUCGACACACUUUCGACGGAUCUCCGGAAAAUCGAGAAUGCCAAUCUUCAAUAUCAAAUCCCUCUUACGAAUACACGUCGGUUAAUAACGAAGGGAAACGUUAACAGGCAUGCCCCAAUUCAAGCUCCACUCUUGAAGGAUAUUCAAAAACAAGCCCAUGAUUCGUCACGUGAGAUCCAAGCAGCAGAUGAAGAGUCAGAUUUUCAAUCGGCAGCGAUUAGUAAAUUGUAUUUCUUCAAUUUAUUCGAGAAUGCUUCUGAGCUCUCCGAUGUUUCAGAAUAUCUCCGAAGAGCUUAUUCAAAUGCUUUAAAACUUCAAAACAACCAAAUAUCGGAUGAGAACACGGAACUCGAAGAAGAUCUUGACGGCGGUGGGCUCGUUUUUUCGGAAGAUGAAAACUCUGAUCGUCAAAGUCUAACCUCUGCGAAGUCGGAUUUGGAGAAAACUGAAAUUCCGAGCAGAAGCGAAGGACAUGUUCACGACCCCGAUUCGAAGCCCAGGUUGCCCCCAAAAGCCAAGCGGGAUUUUCUCCCAUCCAUUUACGAUGAAGAAUCCGAAGCAUUGGAUUACCAGUUGACAGAGGCAGAUUCUUCAGACUAUCCACAUCAUUACGGAGAGGAGUACAGCUUUUACGAUUACGAGGACUCUGAAAUUUCUGAUGGAUUCGUCGACACACUUUCGACGGAUCUCCGGAAAAUCGAGAAUGCCAAUCUUCAAUAUCAAAUCCCUCUUACGAAUACACGUCGGUUAAUAACGAAGGGAAACGUUAACAGGCAUUCAAAUCCGCAACGAAAUCGCCAACGAAAGCCAAGCUUUCAACGAAAAAAGUUGAUGCUUCCAGCAGUCAAACCGCCUCGGAGAAAGUUCAAGGAAUCCUCAGGCCCAUCGAGAAAGUUCAAGAAUUCCUUGGGUCAAUCAAAAAAAUUGAAAGAUUCCUCACGAUCAAAUUUGAUGGACUUCGUCGCCGAAUUCGUGAAGAAAAAGUUGAAACGCUUGAAAAAGCCUAAAACGUCAACGAAAGUGCCAGAUCCACCAACGAUCGUCACUGACGUACCCUCAGGAAGUCAUGCCAUCAUCAUGAACCUGCUGGCUCGCAAUGAAGAAUUGGGGAGAACUAUAAAUGAAAUCCUUAUCCUAUGCCUCUUGAAAGAGAUGAAGAAUCCCUCUGUUCCAGGAAAGCAUCCAACUCUGGAUCACAUUGAAUCUCGCGAAUUGGUUCACAGUUCGGCAUCCUCUCCACCAGAUUUUGUAGGUGACGUUCUGCGACAAUCGAGAACCGGUGCAAAAGCGUUCCGCUUGGAAUCGAAAACUGCUUUGAAGGAAAAUGUUCUGAACAGGUUGACGCCUUUUUCGAGUGACUCCCAUUAUCAUGGACUCGCCCCGGGGUUCACCAAGGACGAACUGAUGCGGGCGGCACACCUUUUCCCGGGGUACAUAGAUCCACGUGUGCAUCUUUCCGAUUCAUCUCCUGGAGAAGAUCCGACGAAUUUUGCAUCAUUUUCGGGUCCAAUGUGGUCCGCUCAAAAACGCAGGAGCGACUUGAAGGAUGGAUCAAUCUCUUCUGGAGUAUCUGCCAAAGAUCCGCUGUCAUUAUGGAAAUCAAUUCUAUAUAUGAAGCAACACGCGGCGAACAUCUCUUAUAAGCGCCUCAAAGCGAACGAAAAUGGUUCCAUUUCGGAAGAGUGUGAUUCGCCCGGUUGUAUACAAUGCCCCCCUGAAUACCACUAUUGUCGAACAAGAGAGAAUCUUAAAGACGGUGAUUGCUUUUCGACGGCCGAAGACCUACUUCCAGGGUUUGCGAUGGAAUUCCAGAUUGCCCCAAUGGAGAGGAUGAAACAGGGUGCGCUGUCAAUGCUGCGACGGGCAAAAUUUCUGCCACUAACGAAAAGCUGCCGGCAUUUUUGCAACGGAAAGACGACUUGUGCUAGUGGAAGAGACGAGCAUGAUUCCCUGUGUACUAAAGUAGACGAUGGCACAGCACCAUCUAGCGGAUCCCUAGGAGUGAGGUCGAGUGGGUUACUGUACUACAAGUUUCGAGGCGUCUGGAGACUCGUUUGCGAUUCUCCGAGCCUGAAGAAAGAUACUUGGGCUGACAGGCACGGCGAAAUGGAGUAUCAUGCCGGUGGUCCGGAGUGUCAGCGGACUGUACGCAAUUUUCGAUGGAUCUGGAUGGAAAACGGAUGCGAACUGCAAGACAAACGUCAUCAAUAUCAUAUGUUCUUUAAAUUCGACACCAAAAGAGGAGCCGUUCUAGCAGCUGUAUUAUCGAGAAGGGUGUCGAAAAUAAUGAUGCACGGAUUGUUGGCGGACAUGCGGCCUCUGAGCGAUCGAUGA